UAUAGGUUUGAAGAACUUAAUCAUUAGAUGUAAUGAUUACUUUGUUAACUGUGACGUCGACAGAAGACUGCAUACCAGAAUAAAAAGUUCAGGUAUUCCUUUAGAAAUCGAUUUGAGUGGGAACCAAAUAUUAGAUUUUUCUAAACUUGUGUUCACAUCAUAUCAUGUUGAGAGAAAAACUCUUUCAUCUACGUUUUGGAAAAAUAUUUUUUUGCCUGUAAUUGAAAACAAAGACUCCAAUUUAUGUCUAUUGUUACUGACCAUCAUGACUGAUAUGACCUAUGAUCAAUGGAAAGAAUGUCAUCAUUAUGUGUUGGAAGGUUUGUCCUCGUCAUUGAUCAACCAAGACAAAGAUACAUCAAAAGUAAUAGCUUGGUUUAUUGCAAAGAAGUUAUUUCUAAGCCUCGAUAAAUCAAUUCGAGAAAAUGUAACUGAUAUCUGGCCGGCAUUUAUGUGCAAUUGUCACAGAAAACAACAAAUAUGUUGUUCCGACAAAAUUGUAAUAAAUAUUGAGAUGAACAAAUUAAGACCAGAUUUACCAGACACCUUUUGGAAAACAGACAUUAAUUAUAUCUUUGAUGACAGAGUCAUUAAUAAAGAAUGUAGUCAAGUACACAAACAUUUACAAAAUUCAAGUGGUAAAAUUCAGUUUUCAAAUAAAAAAUCAAUAUCAGGUGUGGAUGCAAAACACCUUUUUAUGGAACACAACAAUUUAACAUUGAUUUGCAAGUCGUCAUUUAAGUCAACUGGAUUUCUAAAAGAGAAACACAAGGUCAUUGAACAAUCAUGUUUUCAACUUUACUGUAAGAGAAAAGGAUUAAUACCUAUAGGCGAAAAUCAUUUUCCGAGCUCGUUCAAUGGGUUGAUAACAGAUGUCUUGGAAGGAAGUCCUCAUUUUUUAUCACAACUGAAGAUUGGUAAUCAGGUCGGAACAGAUGAGUAUAAAAGGGGUACCCUUGGGGGUUUCGUUCAGGUGCGGGGAGAUAAAGCAUUUCUGACAUGCCUUCAUGUAUUCUUGAGCGCAGAUGAACUUGCAUCGGACAAUCUUUCACUUGAUGACGAAAAGACGCUACCAGUGAAACUAUAUAGGAAGAACGAACACCCACUUAUAUGCGGUAAAAUUAGGGACAUAGCAUUCGAAGUUGAUAAUGAGAAAGAAACAAGCAUUGACGCAGCUUUGGUUGAAAUACAAACAGACAGUAUUGAAAAUUCUGAUUAUGUUGAUAUAGAUGAACGAAAGUUAUCCUUUAGAGAUAUAGCCAUGAAGUCAGAGUAUCUAAAUGAUAGCUGUGUUGACUACAGAUCUCUAUGCUUUUCCACACCAAAACCAAUAUUACAUACUUUCUGCGUAGGCGCUAUUUCGGGAUUUCAGGAAAGCAGCAGAACACAGGUUCAUGAAAAUAAAGACAAAAAUAUUGAUUUGGAAUCCAUCGAGGACACAUACAGUAAGGCCGUUCUCGACGAAAUUAAAACAAAUGUAAAAAUUGUUAUCCAGUCUCUUCAACUAACUCCUUUAAUAGUUCCUCCAGACGAACAUGCAAUCAAAAUGAAUAUUGAACAGAACUGUGAUCCUAAUAUAUCACCUGAAAUCAAAGCAAUCGUUAUUGACGUAAUAAAAAGUAUUUAUCCAACAAUUCAAUGUACCGGUGGUGUUGAUAUUGACAGCUUUAUUCAUGAAAUUAUAUUCUGUAAUACACAGAGUAGAUUUUCAGCAAUAAUAGGAGAUGUCCAUAUGCAGCAAGCAAUCCUGAAGAAGACCGGCCAAAAUAUGGCUGUAAAAAGAACAUCACGCAGAGUUUACAAUCAGCUUUACAUAUCAAAUAUACCGUUUCAGCCAGGUGAUUCAGGAACGUGUAUAUAUGUGCUUAAUCCGGUUCAGGGUUGUAUAGGAAUGGCAAUCGCUGACCAUCCACAAGGAGGUUGUAUAGCAACUCCUAUAAUGGACAUUCUCAAACAUUUCAAGAUAAGAAUCAAGUGAAAAAUGUCAAAACACUGUACAUAAACUUUAUUUUAGGUUUAAUGAACUCAACAAGAUAUGCAUAUACUGUAUACUUUAUUUCUGUAUUUGAACCGAAUGCUAAAAUGUUUUUUUCAAUAAUAAUUAUAAUCUUGGUCAGAGUAAUCACUAAUUUCAAUUUUGUAUUCUUCCAUACAAGCUUUUAUACAGCAAAUGGCUUUUUUAUCUGAAUGUUAACUGGUGUUCGUUUUACUAGAAUAUUAUAUAAUUAUUGCUAGACAUUAAUCUUGAACAUCCCUUUUUUUAAAUAAAAGUUGAUUAUUAGAAAUAUAAA